CAUUUCUGCAAGGUACAGUGAGCUACUGCUCCAAUCCCAUCCAACUCAACAUAAAUUAUCAGCGUGUGUCCUGUACUAGAGAAAUGUUGCUAUAGUAAACAAAACGGACACAGUUGUGUAGUUACGGUCGACCGUGUGAAGAGUUGGAGUGAAGAGUAUUGUUACAGCAAAUAUUAUACAAAUGAAAGAUGGCGAACGACUCUCCAGCGAAAAGUCUAGUAGACAUAGACCUUUCUUCACUACGGGACCCAGCCGGGAUUUUUGAACUGGUCGAAGUGGUUGGAAAUGGUACAUAUGGUCAAGUGUACAAGGGUCGACAUGUCAAAACAGGACAGCUGGCGGCAAUCAAAGUCAUGGAUGUCACAGAGGAUGAGGAGGAUGAGAUUAAACUUGAGAUUAACAUGCUGAAGAAAUACUCCCACCACAGAAACAUUGCCACAUACUAUGGUGCUUUUAUCAAGAAGAGUCCUCCUGGACAUGAUGACCAGCUGUGGUUGGUCAUGGAGUUUUGUGGUGCUGGAUCUAUAACAGACCUUGUUAAGAACACCAAAGGCAACAGUUUGCAAGAAUACUGGAUUGCAUACAUCUCCAGAGAGAUUCUGAGAGGUCUGGCCCAUUUGCAUGCCCACCAUGUCAUCCAUCGUGACAUUAAGGGUCAGAAUGUGCUGUUAACAGAGAAUGCCGAGGUGAAAUUAGUUGACUUUGGUGUGAGUGCUCAGUUGGACAGGACAGUUGGCAGAAGAAACACUUUCAUUGGCACUCCUUAUUGGAUGGCGCCAGAGGUCAUUGCCUGUGAUGAGAACUCAGAAGCGACAUAUGACUAUAGAGUAAGAGCCUGUCUUGAACAUUUAUACUGUUGUAAUAUAGUCCUUCUUUUCAGACCUUACUGUAGAAAUCUUUCUCUGCCCCAUACAUCUGUGUCCCCAACAUUGUAGACACUAUAUAAAACAAGAACACCAUUUUCCUUACAGCGUUUAAGGGAAUAAGAGUGGUUUAACACACCUGGGGCCAUAUUCACAAAACAUCUUAAGGCUAAAA